AUGGGUAAACCCACUUCUAAUGACUUGAAAAUCCAGGACUAUGAACAACAGCUGGAGAAACAAAAGAAGUCAAUUGAUCAAAAGGAACAACAAAUAUCAGAAAUUAAAAACGAAGUCAACAUUUGUGCCAAGAAAUUAAAAAGCUACGAAGAGAAGCCCGUUUACGGUGAAUGCACUCCCUUUGGAGAUGCCCCGGGUAUUCAUAAGAUUACUCCGGAUCAAAAAGAUCCGUUCGACGUACUUUGCGACAGUGCGACAGCAGGUCCAGGAUGGACGGUUAUCCAACAGCGAAUCAAUGGCAAAGAGGACUUCUAUAGGGAUUGGGCCACUUACCGCAACGGAUUUGGUGCCUUUGAUGGUGACUUCUUCUUAGGACUUGAGAAGAUUCAUCGCUUGACGAGCGCCCAACUCCAUGAGCUCUACAUACAUAUGAAAGGAUUUGAUGGUAUCGCCAAAUACUAUAGAUAUGAACAAUUUGCCAUCGCUGGCGAGGAGGAUCAAUACAGACUGAGCAUCUCUGGUAAGGCUGGGCACAAUGCAUAUGAUGAGUUGGGCUUCCACGACAAUCAGAAAUUCAGCACAUACGAUCGUGAUAAUGAUGCUUGGGAUGAUGGCAACUGCGCAACAAGCAGAGCGACUCAAUUGCUGCCAGCAGAGGCCGCCCGUCCGCAGAGAGCCCUCGACGGUAGUCGCAGUCGAAUUCAACGUCCAGUCAAGCAGCGGCCGCCGCACGCAACACAACAGCUCCACUCGACACGCACGGAGACGGAACGACGCAAGCAGCAGCAGCAGCAGCAGCAGUAG